AGAAUAAAAAGAUAAAAAUAAAUAGAUAAUAGAUUAGAUUAUCAAAGCCCAAUUUGCAGAAAUUGCAGAAAUCUUUGUAAAACCUUCUCAAAUUAUAAAUUAUUAUUUGUUAAGUGUACACAUAUCGGCCCGUUAGCCUCAAAAAUUAUGUCCUUCAGUAAUAUCAAGCCCCACAUCAUACAUAACCUAUGCAAAAGGACUUUGAAAAGCUACCAUUUGAACUCAAAGACUAAAAUUACAACUUGUUCAAGACACAAUCAUUUAGUAAGUAAAAGAAGUUUCCAUAUUAACUCAUUAUUAGCUGGCACGGGAGGCCAUGCGGAGACAACUAGCAUGACGCAGGGUCUUUCCAAGUUACAAGCCCAGGAACUUGUUUUGAGGCUGAACGAUGAGGAGAGGAAUCAUCUAACUUCGGCUUUACACGAAUUUAAAUCUAAGUUAGUUAAAGAUGAAUACGAAGGUCAACUAGCCGCAUCCAGAUGGAGAAGUAAAUUCGGCAGGCCAGCCAAAUUACCCAGAGUGGGCGAUGUGGAUCCUUCAGGAAGUUUUUGUCCUGUACCAGAGGACUGGCUCAUGAAAAAAUUUGCCGAAUCUGUUCCAAGGCCCACAACAAAAAAUUUAAUUGACAUUGGAAUCGCAAACUCAAUUCCAUUUAUAGGAUUUGGAUUUUUGGACAAUUUUUUUAUGCUAAUCUUUGGUGAUUAUAUUGAUUUAUACCUUGGCUCAUACUUUUGUCUAACAACAAUGGCAGCUGCAGCCUUAGGAAACACGCUCUCAGAUAUCCUGGGUAUAGGUAGUGCUUUCUAUGUGGAACGUUUAGCGAACAAAAUAGGAUUCAGCCCGCCAAAACUGUCCCCUGUUCAGAUGGACAUGAAUUGUUCUAGAAACGCAGCAAAUGCUGGCAGGGUAUUGGGUGUAACUUUAGGUUGUAUCUUGGGCAUGUGUCCACUUUUAUUUAGAAAAAAUAAGGACGAUGAAAAGGAGAAGGAGUUGAUACAGGUAGAAAGUUAAGUAAUUCACUAUUGCAACAUGGAAUAAGGUUCAAUUUUCUUUGCUUGAAGGAUCACUGUAGCUCUUAUACUCAGGGUUGUAAUUCUAGGUCUACAGAGUUUUUUCGUUGAAAUAAGUUUUGCUUGUGAGAGUGUUCAUAAAAAUAUGACUAAUUUUGCCAUAAUUUGUUAUAGUUAUAUUAUUUAUUAUGAUAGGUUCCAUUCACUGUUUAUAUUUACUUAAAUAUAUUGUAUCUUAAGACUAAAUUUUAUUUUGUUAUUAUUGUAUAAAUUGUUCUGUUUCAAUAUGUAUUUUAUGUUUAGUUUAAUGUUUACAAAUGAUAUAUCAUAGGUACCUACUUCAUAUCAACUCAAAGCAUAGUUUUGCUUUUGCUCAAAGCAUAUUUCCUAUUUUGUUGGUGCUACCAUUUUUGAAUCAACUGUAUGACAAUCAUCAGCGGUCGAUGUUGUAGCUUUCGCUUUUAGUGUAGAACUGUAAGUUAAGUCACCACUUUUGAUGCCUGUGUAAAACAUUUUUAAGUUAGGUUGACAGUAGGUGGGGUAGGAUAAAUAAAAAGCCAAUUAGGUCUACUACAGGUGAUUAAUGAGACUAUUCACAUUUCUCUGGCUGGCUGGAGUAAACUCUGUGAGUCUUUUUUAAAUUCAAUUUUUUCUUAAUUAAUGUCAAAGUACUUGUUGAUCCUCCUUAGACUUCUACAGUUAAACUAUACUGUAUGAGAGACACAGUCAAAGGCCUCAUCCCAGCAAACAUAAAUUUCUCAAUUUAGUUGUUGAAACAGAUUGUAAGUCUAUAUGAAGAUUGUUGCAACAAUGUUCACAAUAAUUGAAAUUGUAUUAUCUACCCACAAACCCAGCUUCCAGAAUAGCUGAUGGGUGCCUCAAUGUUUCCCAAAAUAUAAAAACAAAUAAUGCAACUUCAAUUUGGUUCUAGUGUCUGAUCGAAAUUGAUGAACAAGAUAUUAUACAUAUAACCAGCAAAAAAAGUUUUCACAAAGAUUUCAUUGGGCUUUUAUUUUCCCUAUGUUUAAACUUUGAACCUAACUUAUAAAUUAGGACACGCUUCGCAAUAUUCUCAACUGAUUUUUAAAAUCCUCCAAGUGCAUGCCAUCCAGUUGUAGAAUAAGUAAUUUAGAAAAAUAUUUAGAGCAUUUUGUUAGGAGAAUAAAUUCUAGUCAAAGUAACGAAUAAAGAAUCUAUUUACUGACUGAACCCUAUUAAAAAAAAAACACAAGUGGUCCCUUAUAUUCUGUUAUGAAUUAGAAAAAGAGUAUUCGAUGGGACCAAAUAUGUCAGAUAAAACAUAUAUAAAAUAAACCUUGUAUUUUCUUUCUCAGAUGUUUAAAAUAAUAUUACAUAAAUUAGUUUAUAUUAUGAUGUAGUGCUUUAGCUGCGCGAGACAGGGAGAGUUGCUUCUAAUUAGGUUGUAGAGGGUCUAGGAUAAAUAUUUAACAUUAGUUUGUCCAUGUAGUUUAUUGCUGCUUUUUCAACAGGGUAAAAAAUAUGCCGUUUUACUGGCAUCAAUAAAAUAAUUCGAAUUUUUAUCUAUGUGGCUGAGCUAGGAUUUAGAUAAUAGUUAAAACAAUUGUUUUUCUUCAGAUUCUAUGCAAAUUCAUAUAAAAAGUUAUAAAUGUGCAAGUGUUAUUGUAUUUUAUGAAUAAAUUGUAUCAGCGUAUUUGUUUGAAUUGAAAAGUAAGAAUUAAUUAGGUAUCUGUUUUGAAAAUUAUAAUUGUUUAUUAUCUCUUGGUGCUAUUUUUUUGGAUCAUUUCUAUCAAUAAAAUAGAGUCGAAAAUA